AUGCGUAAUGCAUUCCUUUUUCCAGGCAUUGCCCUCUUGCAACAUGUCGCUGCGCAUGGCCGGAUCACGAAUGUAACAACAUCCAGUGGCACCGUGUACCCAGGAUGGGACCCAGAGUACGCUCAGAGUGCCCAACCAUUACCUCUUCUGGCAUCUUGGUCUGCCUCAAAUCUCGGGAACAACUAUAUUUCGCCAUCGGCUUUCAACAGUACAAACAUAGCAUGCCACUUCAACUCCAAACCCGGCGCACUGCACGUGAACGCCACCGCCGGCGAGAAACUGACGAUGCAAUGGAACGAAUGGCCGACAAGUCACAAAGGGCCGGUUUUGGACUACCUCGCUCGCUGCGAUGGCGGCGAUUGCAGCACUGCGGAUAAAGAAAAGUUGGAGUGGGUCAAGAUUGGGCAGUUGGGCUGGCUGAAUUCUUCCGGCUGGGUGGAGCUGGGCGGCACUUGGACGAGCGACGUCCUGAUUGCGAAUAAGUUUCAGUGGACGGUCAAGAUACCGAAAGCACUCGAGCCGGGCAGUUAUGUGUUGAGGCAUGAGAUUAUUGCGCUACAUGUCGCGGAGAAGAAGUAUGGUGCGCAGGCGUAUCCUCAGUGUGUCAAUUUGAGGGUAUCGGGAGGGUCAACUUUGGCCGGCGAGCAAACGAAAAGAUUAGACGGUGGAAAUGUUGGCCGCGAACUAUAUAAAGUUGAGGAUAAAGGAAUACUUGUGGACAUUCACCGCAAGAUAGACGGCUACGAUAUCCCAGGGCCCAAGCUAUGGAACGGGUCGGACGUCAUAACACAACCAAACCAGUAA